AUGGUUGAUGACCUAAACAACCGUCUGGCUGCCCAAUCCCUGCAAAUGCAGGAACAAGCCCUACAAUUGCAAGAGCAGACUAACAUGAUUAAGGUUUCUACUUAUGUCCCCCCUAGUCCAACCCCGACACAAACUACUCUACCCAAGGCACUAGAGAUCAGCUCUAACACAAAUCAAGAUAUCAACAAUCCUUCAGUUUCUACUUAUGUCCCCCCUAGUCCAACCCCGACACAAACCCAAACAACAUCGCAGGAAAACAUCCCGACAGCUUCUACUACAAUUCCCAACAAUACUGCCGAGUCAAUUUCUCCAAAAAUUCCCCCAAUUGUACUCAGAGUUAAAAAGCGCUGGUCCAUGAUAUCCAAAGAGAUAACUCUCCGCGGCUGGCAUUUCCACAAAGCCACUAAUACCUCGGAUGGUAUUAAACUAUACCCUACCAGCAUUGAAAGCUACAGAGGAAUUAUAGCUUUCCUCGAAUCAAAUAAAGAAGAGUUUCACUCUUACCAACUUCCAGAAGAGCGUCUUCUCCAAGUUGUCAUAAGAGUGCCUUUUACCAAAUUACCUUCGAUAUCUCCACACAACCUAAACCACGUACGCGGUCCUCUUGGGUCGGAAGAAUCAUGGAAGUCUCCGGCCCUAGUGCCGGUAGUCUUCCGGGUUGGCCCUCGAGGAUUGUGGUGGCAUCUGAAGGUGACGGGGGCUGGUCAUGGACGGGAACAGUCGGAGCGUCUGGAAUUCCAUCCUCUUGCUUAG